AUGUCUUCCUCGCCAGGCUCUGAUCAAGGAACAGCCCCUCGGCCUCGACAGCAACCAGGAUCUGCCUGUGAAGAAUGCCGACGGCGUAAAUUACGUUGUGAUCGUCAACAGCCGAGAUGCAGCGUUUGUGCAGAGACUGGGGUGGAGUGCCAUGUCACUCCCCUCCGGCCGCCGCGAGGACCCAAGAGAGGACAAUUUAAAGCACUUCAAAAUCGUGUCGAUCUGAACAUGAACGUUCAUUCUAAUCUGGCGACGACAGCUGCUCUGGAAAAUCGCCUAACGGAACAAACAACCAACACAUCACCGUUGGACUCGCUGAAGGCACCUGACGAGGAUCUGGAGAAGACAUCACUUGACAUGGAUAGCAAUGCGAAUCCUCAGAUUCAGCAGCCUGCCUCCCAGUCGGAAUCUGAUACUCCCGCUUGUCGUAUACCCGAAUGGAUGCGAGCGGAACUGUACGCAACAGUCACUUGCACAACCAUAUUUGAACUCUCUCAACUAAUUCGGGAAUAG